AUGAGUACGCAACCUUCAGAAGCUAGCCGCUGUAAAUCAGUAAAUUCAAUCACCUUUCCUAGAGCGGACGGGACGAGGAACGAGAUGAAGAAAAUGCAGACGGCUGAGAAUCUGAAGACGGAACCCAUCACCUACGUACGGAUAAGGCCUUGCACUAUCGAGAUAUUUCACAUCGACCCCAUCUCCUUCCUCCACGCUCCGAUCGUCGUCCUCGCACUCACAAACCGAUCCGACGACCAGCAUCAUCUGAUCCUCCAGGUACCUCUGCAUCAUCCCAUCCUCGCAAGCGCCGCCGCCGGAUCUUCCUCUCCGAUCCCUGCCGCACGCGCCCGCCCACCGCCGCCGCCUCCGGCGCGCGAGGUACCAAAUCUCGGCGACGCAGAUGAAGGGGAACGCGGCGAAGAUCAGCGGGAUGAGGAGAGGGCCGCAGAGGAUCAGCAGAAAGUACCUCCUCCGGCGGCGGUUGAGCCAGGAGGCGAACAUCCGGGCGGCGCGGCGGCGGCGGAGAAGAAGGCGCGGCUGUCAAGUACGGCGUCGUUUUGA